CUGAUCCGUGCCACCCCCUGCUCUGUGCCACCCCCUGCUCAGUGCCACCCCCUGAUCCGUGCCAGCCCCGUGCCAGGCCGGGAUGGCAGCGCGGCCCGACCCCAAAGCUGGGGCCAAGCUCAUCUCCUUCGGGACGACUCAAGACCGGAAAAUGUUCCCCUACCACUGUGCCCCAGACAGGCUGGGCAUCGAGAUGCUGGGGCCGAGGGGCAGCCCCUGGCUGGGGCCGGGCUCCUACCUGGGGCCGGAGAGCAGCGUCCUGCAGCCCUGGGAGAGCAGGCGGCCCCUGAGCAGCCGGGGCUACGCCGUGGGAGCCAGGACAGCGCCGCGCUUCCAGCACGGGGAGCAGGUGAGGGAGCGACAGGAGGGGGAACGGCAAAAAAAGAGGGGAAACGGCAAAAAAAACCAGGGGAAAAGCGAGAAAAAAAGAGGGGAAAAGCGAGAAAAAAACGGGAAAACGGAAAAAAAAAAAAAAAAAAAAAAAAAAAACCAGGGGAAAAGCAAGAAAAAAACAGGGGAAAACGGCAAAAAAAGAGGGGAAAAGCGGGAAAAAAAUAGGGGAAAACGGCAAAAAAAGAGGGGGAAACGGCAAAAAAACCCAGGGGAAAAGCGAGAAAAAAAGAGGGGAAAAGCGAGAAAAAAACGGGAAAACGGAAAAAAAAAAAAAAAAAAAAAAAAAAACCAGCGGAAAAGCAAGAAAAAAACAGGGGAAAACGGCAAAAAAAGAGGGGAAAAGCAGGAAAAAAACAGGGGAAAACGGCAAAAAAAGAGGGGGAAACGGCAAAAAAACCCAGGGGAAAAGCGAGAAAAAAAGAGGGGAAAAGCGAGAAAAAAACGGGAAAACGGCAAAAAAAAAAAAAAAAAGAAAAAACAGGGGAAAAGCAAGAAAAAAACAGGGGAAAACGGCAAAAAAAGAGGGGAAAACGGCAAAAAAACCCAGGGGAAAAGCGAGAAAAAAAGAGGGGAAAAGCGAGAAAAAACCGGGAAAACGGCAAAAAAAAAAAAAAAAAAAAAAAAAAAAAAAAAAAAAAACAGGGGAAAAGCAAGGAAAAACCAGGGGAAAACGGCAAAAAAAGAGGGGGAAACGGCAAAAAAACCCAGGGGAAAAGCGAGAAAAAAAACAGGGGAAAAGCGAGAAAAAACCGGGAAAACAGCAAAAAAAGACGGGAAAAGCAAGAAAAAAACAGGGGAAAAUUACCAAAAAAGAGGGGAAAAGCAAGAAAAACCCAGGGGAAAAGCAGCCAAAAAAGAGGGGGAAAGCGGGGAAAAAUCAAGGGGAAAACAGCAAAAAAAGAGGGGGAAAGCAGCCAAAAUAUUCCCCAGCAUGCUGUGCCAUGGCCUGGCUGGAAUUUGGGGUGGGAAUGUGGAAUUUUGGGAGGGAAUGUGGAGUUUUGGGUGGGAAUUUUGAGUGGGAAUGUGGGGUGGGAAUGUGGA